AUGACAAAACGAAAGUAUGAUUCCAUAAUUGAAGAUGUAAAGCGAAUAAAACUUUCCAAGAAGAAAGAAUCAUCUCGAUAUUAUCGACUUAUUCCAAGGUAAUGAUGUGUUGACUGUACAAGGCUGUGUAAAACUCAUUGCGCCAUUGUCAGAUGCGCGAGAAAGUGUGAAAAAGUUUGUCCAUGCCGAAGAAUUGUUUGACAUAUUGUAUUCUACUCAUUUGUCAGUUGGCCACAGUGGAAGACACAGAAUGAUCAAGCAAUUAAAUACACUUUAUAAAAACAUAACCCAAGCCCAAAUAAAAAUGUUUUUAGAUUUAUGCGAACCUUAUCAACAAAAACAAAAAAGUGCGAAAAAAGGGAUUGUUGUAAAGCUGAUUAUUUCAUUGCAUUUCAGUAGCAGAUGUCAGGUGGAUCUCAUCGAUUACCAAUCUCAACCAGAUGGAAAGUUUAAGUUUCUUCUCGUAUACCAAGACCACUUAACAAAAUUUGUUGUAUUGAAGCCGCUCACAUCAAAACGGAGGAUGAAGUAGCCUAUAACUUGAUUGAUAUUUUUCUCCUUUUUGGCGCUCCAAGUAUUUUGCAUUCUGAUAACGGACGCAAAUUUUGUAAUAAAAUCUUAGAAAGUGUAGCACAGUUGUGGGCAGAAAUAAAAAUGGUUAAUGGCAAACCUAGACACAGCCAAAGUCAAGGAAGUGUAGAACGAGCAAAUCAAGACAUUGAAAACAUGCUCACUACUUGGAUGGCUGAUAACCAAACUAACAAGUGGAGUGAGGGUGUACGAUUUGUACAAUUCAUGAAGAAUCGUGCCUUUCAUUCUGCAAUUAAAAGAAGUCCAUACGAAGCCAUAUUCGGUUGUCCCGCAAAAGUGGGAUUGUCUUCUUCUAUUAUACCACAAAGUAUAUUACAUUCAAUAAAUACUGAAGAAGACCUAGAAAAAUUAGAAGAUUCACAAGAGACUGUGAUUAUGGGAUCACAGUCAAAUCUUACUCAAGAGGACAUUCCGUUAUCCCUUGCUUCUACAGAAUCACCUAUAGAAAGACAAGAAUUUAUCGAUAGUAAUCUUAAACUGCCUUCUACACCGUUGAUUGAGGAUACAGUUAUGAAGAAUAUUCAGUUACCAUGCACCUCCAAGGAAUCACCUCUGCAUGUUGAAGAAGUCAUCACUGAGUUACCCUCAUUGUUUGAUUAUUUCUAUUGUAGUUUUUAA